CUCGCGCGCAGCGCAAAAACAGUGGAUAGAGUGCCCUGCGGCACCAAUCAAUUGCGUAGUGGACGCCCGCCAGCCUGUCGCCAGCGCGCGUUGCGGCAUAAGCGAGGCGUUCGGCCGUCAGAGGCCAACAGAGCACCUCUGCCUCUGCAGAGCCAAAAGAGCAUCCGACAGCGCAGCGCGCGGGAGCCAGCGCAAGGAGCCAUGGCGCCCAAGAAGAAGAAAGCCCGCCAGCAACGACCCCUGGAAAACGAGAUCCUCGACCCCGAGAUCGUCCUCAAAGAAGUGCGGCGCUGCAAAGCGUUACUAGACAAGCAGAAACCGAUCGACGAGUCGACCGUCGAUUUGUCGGCGUAUAGAGUUGUGAAAGAAAUGACGGGCGACAAGGUCGCCAAGGAGAUCCACGACUUGUUCCUGAAGUGCGCCGAGUCGAUAUUAGCGGGCAACUCGUUCAAAUUCGACGUUCCCUCACGAGCGGCGGGCAACCAGCACUACGUGCCCGAACUCGAUCGUAUUGUGCUCAAGCAGAACACCUCAGAAAGGUCCUUCGCGAACGUGAGCCAGGUGCGGAAGACCGCGAUCAUGACCCGCGUCUUGUCACUCGUGCAUGAAGUCACGACGAAGGGGAUUCAUGUGACGAAGCGCGACUUGUUUUAUACGGACGUGAAACUGUUCAAGAAGCAGGAAGAAAGUGACGCGGUUUUGGACGACGCCGCGUGCAUGAUCGGCUGCCCCCGAUCUUGUCUGAACGUGGUCGCCGCGGACAAGGGGUUGGUCGUGGGUCGCUUGCAGUUUCGCGAGGACGGCGACCUCAUUGAUUGCACGCGCAUGGGCGUGACGGGCAAGGCGAUUCCCGCGUACAUCGACAAGAUCACCGAGAUACGAUCAGACGCGGAGUUCGUAUUGCUGGUAGAAAAGGACGCGGCCUACAAUCGCUUAGCCGAGGAUCGAUUUUAUAACCAGUUCCCCUGCAUCUUGAUUACGGGGAAAGGUCAACCUGACGUCGCUACGAGGAUGUUUUUAUCUCGACUCAAACAGGAGCUCAAGAUACCUGUCUUGGCAUUUGUGGACUCGGAUCCCUAUGGACUGAAAAUCUUAUCCGUGUACAUGUCGGGAUCGAAGGCCAUGUCCUACGACUCCGCUUCGUUAACUACACCAGAUAUCAAGUGGCUCGGGUUAAGGCCGUCCGAUCUCGACGCCUAUGCUCUCCCCGAUCAAUGCCGACUGCCCAUGACCCAGAAGGACAUCGACAUGGGCAAACAAUUACUAAAGGAGGAGUUCGUCCUGAAGAAUCCCGCCUGGGUGCGGGAGUUGGAGCGGAUGCUCCAGACGAAGCAAAAGGCCGAGAUCCAGGCGCUCUCGGCCUUCGGCUUCCAGUUCGUCACGAAGGUCUAUUUGCCGCGCAAAUUGAGGCAGGGGGACUGGAUCUAAAGUUGUCCUAUCG